AUGCACUCCCAAACUCGACCCCUUUCUCUUCUUCUCAGUUCUCGACGUCGACAGCUUCUCCCACCUCCGACGUUUCUCUUGGCGCCGGCUCCUCCCACCUCUGACCUCCGUCCAACCCCGCCCCGCCGUCCAGCGCUUUCCAGCGACACCCUGCCGGUGGAGCCCCUCCUCUCCGACAGAGUGCGACACCUCCGGUAUGAGAAAGAAAGAAACAAGGAACUAGCAGCCAAUUUGAAGAUGGAACCUGUUCAAAUGUUGUAG